AUGCCGAAUUGGUCAUUCCUCAACAGUGGCCUGCUGCUCAAUGGGUUGACAGCUACGUCAUAUGUGAAUGAAACCCAGUUCUCGACUGGUUACCCCGCCUGCGACUCGAUCAUCCACGCCGGUCUGGCGGACCGCCUCCUCCUUCCAACUGAUACAGAAUAUGCUGCGCGAAUCUCUGGCGGGGGAACUGGUUAUUGGUCUUGGAAUUCUCGGCAACACCCUUUCUGCAUAGUGCAGCCUCGGAGCGCGGAAGAAGUGUCCAAAGUCGUGACCGCUCUGCUUGAGGCCGGAGACGGAUCGGGAGAUUGGCAUAUUGCUGUGCGCGCUGGUGGACACAGCACUGGCGGCUUUAACAACAUCGACAACGGAGUGACAAUUGACCUGGGCAAUCUGAAUGACACGACUUAUGACGAGCAUACGAACACUGCAUCCAUCGGCGCUGGCGCCCACUGGGUCAACGUCUAUCACGAACUUGACAAACAUGGUGUUCUGGUCACUGGCGGCCGUGAUGGCCAUGUGGGUGUUGGUGGAUUCUUGCUCGGCGGUGGCUCAACAUACUUCAUGGGAACCCACAGCUUCGCCUGUGAUUCGAUCAAGAACUAUGAGAUUGUGCUUGCCGAUGGCCGUAUCAUUAAUGCGAAUAAGGAUGAGAAUGCUGAUUUGUGGAAAGCGCUCAAGGGAGGCGGUGCUAACUUCGGGAUCGUGACUCGAUUUGAUAUGGAGGCAUUGCCAAACACGAAGUUGGCGUACCGAGUGCGGUUGAUGAGUUUUGAGCAUCACAAGCGGCUGGCGAAGGACUUUGUUGACUUUACAAACACCUACGAGGAUCAUCCUAAUGAUGCCCUGGUGUUCUUUAUGAGAGGUGCCCCCAAGCUCAAGCAAUCUCUUAUGGGUGCUCUUCAAGUCAACACAGAAGGCAAAACGGAAGGUACUGGACUCGCAAAGAUCGAUGAAGUUCCCCAUCUUCCGAUUCCAAACACGGGGUCUUAUGAGAUUAAAAGCCUUUACGAGUCCGCACUCCACCCCCUAGCAGGCGAUCAGUGGGCCGCCCAAGCUACCAUUUGCUUCGCAAACAGGCAAGAACUCGUGGAGAAGGGAAUCCAAUACCACGAGCAGCUGGUACAAGAUCUCAAGCAGACUGUUGGCAAUAACUUCACGACAUACUUCUUUUUCCAGCCCAUCCCUACACAUGCUGCGAAAAUUUCCGAACAGAAGGGCGGUAAUGUGCUUGGUCUCGAUAAUGCAGCAGACCACGCCGUUCUGUUCACUGCUACCGCACUCGUCCUUACUAGCCAGCAUGACAAGGUCAUUGCCCAGGCUAAGAUCAACUCGUUGGUCACAACUCUCAAGCGGGACUCGCAAGAACUGGGAGGGAACGUUGACUUGGUCUAUAUGAAUUACGCCGACUCUGCCCAAGACCCACUUGGAAGCUACGGUGCGAAGAACGUGGAGUUCCUCACCAAGGUAGCUCAGCAGUACGACCCUGAGGGUCUAUUCCAAACGCGAUUCCCUCUGGGAUUCAAGAUCUCGCGGACGAAUAAGCUGUGA